AAUGUGCAAGGAUAUAAUGGCUGAUUUAUUGGACAAGAAAAAGCUUAAAGAGGACCUGAAGCAAUUUUCCUCGAGCUUUGAUCUUGAUUUGAGGAGUAUGCCUAAGGCUCGAGUGAAAACCGCAAUAAAAAAACUAGAGGAUGACCGGGAAAACACAGCAAAGUCUAAAGACGAAGAUAUACAGAUAACAAACUUUCUGUCAUAUUUGUAUUUUCUGCUUGAUGACCAAGAACAUGCCAUACAGCUUGUUGAUGAAUCUCUUCAGAAUGAUCCUGAUAAUAUCAAAGCCAACGCAAACAAAGCUAAAAUUUUGCUGGAGAAUGGGGAAGUUUCUGACGUGGAAGGAAUUUUAUCAAAACUUCAAGAAUUCGAAAAACGAAACAACUAUGACAAAAGAAAAUGUUAUGCCGAGGCAAAUCUUGCGUACGCGUAUUCAAGGUCGGGUCCUUGGUACCAUCAAAAGGCGGUUGAACUGUACGAGAAGGUUUUAGAGACAUAUCCCGAAGAAUACGCGUGGCAGUUUGGCCUGGGUUUGACUUUACUCAGGCGGACUCAUCGUAUUAUUUCACAGGCAGAUGAUACGUUUGACUUGGAAAAGAAAAAGGAGAAAAUGGUACGCGUUUCUGAGAUUUUGUUCAACGUUGCAACAAAGUCAGACGACUACAUUUUAAGUGCGAACGCUUAUGCCACACUUGGAAAAGCUGUUUAUGAGAUUAAGAAAAACUAUUCGUAUUGGAAUGUACCACAAAAAAUAAAGGAGUUAGAUUAUAAAGUAUGCUAUGAAGAAGCUGUAUCAAGGUGUCCAGAGGAACCAUUAGUGUUAAACAUAUGUGGUAAACUCGCUCGCUACAAAGGGGAUAUAGAAGCUUCUGAGAGAUACUUACGGAAGUCAGUUGAAAUCAACCCAACAUGCCAGGGGUAUCAUCAUCUUGCUCUGACAUUAAAGAGGAAAGUAGAAAUGGGUAGAGGAGAGUUAAAUGAAAGUCAUUUAAAUGAGAGACCGAGAUACAAAAAUACAGUAGACAACUCGCAAACAUAUCCGACCAAACAGGUAAGGAAUCCCGGUAGCUGGUCGGUCAGUGGAAAACGACAGUAUCGACAUCAAACCAGAACUUACGGCGAUGAUAGGGACCGAUCACAAAGGAAUCAGCAUGAAAGCAGGGAUAGGACCCUGCAAAUGGGUCGGCGGCCGUAUAGUUCGGAUUUUCAUUUGAAUGGUACCAAAGAUAGGUCAACUGAUAGUCACACGAGCAGGGAUACUCUUCGUCGGGUAAUCAAAUCACCGUUAAAAGUUAAAGUUUACCCUGGAAACAGAUUGCUUGCUGAGGCGAUAGAACUACUCGGUGAAACAAGAAAGCUUGCACUAUUCCCUCUGAAUAUUGAGUACGACAAGGGUAUCAUAUACAGAAUGUUGGGCCAGACCGGAAAAGCCGUCGAGGUCUUCAAACAAAUAGUGUCCAAGAGGAAAUAUCUCCCGACACAAACUCUGAUGACAAAUGUUUAUGAACAGCUUGGACUUUGUCUCUUAGAAUUAAGCGAAUCUGAAGAGACACCUCCAGACAUGAAGCAGAAACACAAGAAAGAUGCCCAAAGUCAUCUCUCUCACGCUGUUCAACUUCAAUCGGAAAUAGUAGCAAACGAUCCGCAGUUCAAAGAGGGGUGGAACUCCUAUCCGACACUCAAGGAACUUUGGAGUGAUAAAAGAGAUAGGAAGCCAAAACAACUGGCAGUUCUGCACAUGCGCAUGGGAGAUCAUGUAGAUUCGAUCAAUAUCUACAAGAAAUUAUCCGUGAAGGAGAAAGACAAGAUGGAGCCACAAGACUACCAAAACAUGCUGGAAUGCUAUGCGGAACGUGGCCAGUUUGAGGAAUGCGUUGAACGUCUAAGUUCAUGGGAGUGUACAACAAUUUUUGCGAGACUUCCUGAGUCUUUGAUCUUUGAGGUGUAUAUCAAUGGCGCAUUUCACGCCUACUCGACGGAUAACGCACAACUAGCGUACAAUCGCUUCAGACGCGCAUUUAAAGUGUAUCACAUGUUUGACAAAACUGACUACACCGAGGUUGACGAAGACGAGGAUACCAAAGAUAUACUAAUAUUACACUCUUGUUCUCAAAAAUGGAGAUGCGAAUUUCCAAGAAAUCUCGGAACGAUUCUAGAAGACUGUACGGGAUUACGGUAUACCAUCAACACUGACGACGUGCUCGGGAAUGCGAUCACUACAGAAUCUAUGGUUUCAAUGAUGAAAAUGAUAGCAUGUAUCAUUAUCAUGACCCAUGACAGUGCAUAUAACUAUGACCAGCUGUAUGUCAACCACGCUGUCCAGAUGAGUUCAGAGAAAAAGGGACCGGGGGUUUUGGUAGUGUCAGACGACAAAUGCAAUGUGCCUGAUAUUGCCAGAACAAUGCCUUUCAUCCAAAUGCCUCCUCUGUUAGGUGGAAUUAUGCCUUCACCGUUAGAGGGCGCCGUACAACAAAAUGAUCAGAUACCAGAUCAGUUACCAGAGAUACAGAUAGAAUGGGUGAAAGAGUUCACCAAUCUACUGAAGGAUCAGCACAGUAAAUAAUGAACGCGUCAUCACUUAUAAAAGCAAUGACGUCACUCGAUACAUCAAUGCAAACAACUACCACCUAAUGUCUAAGCUCAAAUAAAUCGGUCCUUAAUGCGCGGUCAUAUCAAAUAACGAGUGUGAUGUGCCUGCCAGAUAUUGUCUUCAAAAUUGUAUCUUAGAAAUGAUUGUUAUCAGCACCUGCCCGGAAUCAUCAUGACUCCAGCAGACCGCGGGCAUGUUUAACGGUUGACAUCAUCAUAUCAUUGUAUGACAAACUAAGAAUGCUGUGUAGAUGUGAAUAAAUUUCAAACUCUUCUGCAAUAAGAACGAACAGUCUUUAACAUCUUUGUGCAGUUGUGAACAACUUUAAUUCAAUGCCAGUGUUAGCAUUCUCUACGACUCGUGGUUCACCAGCAAAGGUCUCCGCCAUCAGUGAACACUUUCGCGUCCUCGCUCUUCAUCAUUGAACACUCUCGCGUCCUCGCUCUUCAUCAGUGAACACUUUCGCGUCCUCACUCUUCAUCAGUGAACACUUUCGCGUAUUCACCUCUCAUCAGUGAACACUUUCGCGUCCUCGCUCUUCAUCAUUGAACACUCUCGCGUCCUCGCUCUUCAUCAUUGAACACUUUCGUGUCCUUGCUCUUCAUCAGUGAACACUUUCGCGUCCUCACCUCCAAUCAAUGAACAGUGUCGCGUCAACUCCUGAAAUGGAAUUUAUUAGAAAUUACUACUUUAUUCUACCUAUGCUACUUACUAAUUUACCUGUUUUAUUGAAUGAAGUUGGCUUUGGGCAUAUAUAUAUAUAUAUAUAUUAUAUUUAGUUUAAACCAUAUUUUAUUACAUGUCUUUUGGAUUUCGUACGAUAUAUACAUGAGUAUAAUCAAGAGUCAAACAAAGUAUCUAAAUACUUUAAUAUGUAUCCUUAUUUUCUGUAUUUUCUUAUAUAAUGAUACAAAGUAACUCCUUUAAAUUUCAUUAAGGACUUUUAUCAUUUUAUUUACAGUAGGUUGUGUAAUCCUUCUUACAAAUUAUAUAUUUUUUUGAUGAAAUUGGCUUUUGUAUGGCUAGCGUGGUAUGUAAAUUGUAUAUGGACUAAAUAGCCGGUAUCUGUUGGAAGGAUUAAUAGAAUAUUUAGUUUAAAAACAAUAUUUAUUCAUUAAUCAAAAUAGUCAAUACAUAUAAACAAUAUUCUAAUGGGAUUGGAAACCAAGCUUAGAGCUUGUAUUAAUUCCUUUCCCAUGUACAUACCAAGACAAAUAUAAAUCUUCAUAACUGGAACACCUUACAUCAAUAUGAAAUGAAAUAAUAAUAUUUAUUGGUUACAAUUAAUACCAAGACAUAUAUACAUGUGGUGAAUAGAAUUAGUAGUAGAAAUAAACAACAGUGACGCCAGUAAAUAAAA